AUGUGUGGUUUGAAAUCGCCAGGAAUACCUCGGUCAACCGUUGAGAUUCAGAAGAUCAAUAGCUGCAUUUCUGAAGAGUUGAAAUACUCUUGUCGCUUCUGGGCUUCGCACAUUGAACAAAUGGGCUGGGUGGACAGUUAUGAGGAAACCAUUCUUCAGUUUCUGAAUGACCACUUUCUUCACUGGGUUGAGGUACUAGCCCUUAUCGGAAGGGCAUCAGACAGUAUAUCCACAGUUGAGACUUUGCGAAGAUUGUCAAUGGACUCAACCUCGGGGAGCAAGGCUCUGUCAGAAUUUCUUCAAGAUGCCCAGCAAUUACUACGCAACUAUAUGUCAAUAAUUGAUGGCUAUCCUUUGCAACUUUACUCCUCAGUCCUAAUAUUCGCCCCGCGACAGAGUGUGGUAGCAAACUCCUUCAACCGCGAGAUCGUGGAGUGGAUUUCUCUUCGACCAGAACGAGAAACAGCAUGGAGUGACUGUCGACAGAUCAUGGAAGGUCACCAAGAAGCAGUGACUGCAGCUGUACUCUCGUCCGACUCGUCACUCAUAGCCUCGGCUUCAGACGAUUCUACGGUUCGGAUAUGGCGAGUCAGUGACGGGAAAUGCAUCCACAAGCUUGUAGGACACAAAGACACUGUGUACUCUGUCGCCUUCUUCCCCAGUGGAAAUAUGGUUGUUUCUGGCUCACCUGACAAAACAGUCAAGCUUUGGUCAAUUGAGGAUGGCAAAUGUCUACAUACAUUGAAAGGGCACAACAACGCUAUACAUGAGGUAGCGGUCUCGCCAGACUCCUCUCUGAUUGCAUUCGCUUCAUAUAUCGAUGGCUAUGAUGGUUCUGGAAAAGUCUGGAUAUGGUCUGUGGAUAAACAUCAUUACUUAUACGAGCUGCAAGGUCACUGGGGUGCAGUUUACUCGGUCGCAUUCGAUAGUCGCAAGAUCCAGUGUCGACGUUCCAUAUUUGUAUCUCCCCCGUUGAGGAAGCUGUCGCAACAAGAGUUGAAUCAUUCGAAACAGAUAUCGAACUCAUAA